AUGCCACCGCCACUAGACUGCACCAGCUUUGAUUUCUCACUUGGUGAAGAGGUGGCCUUUGGCCCCUGCACCCCACAGCUGGACAGCAGUGUGCUGGCACAGAUGCCCCCGCAGCCCCUGCCUUCCCCCGAGCCGUGCUGGAGGGACCUGGCGGACCAGCACCAGAAAGCGUUGGGAGAUGCGCUGGAGGCAAACAGCCAGCUGCAGGAGACUCUCACGCAGAGGCAGGAAGAGCUGGCGACGCUGCAGGAGAACAACGUGCAGCUCAAGGAGCUGGCGAGCCAGGCCAGGCAGCUGGCCACCAUCCUUGAUACGCUGAUGCUCCCGCAGUGCGCCGACGGGGCGGCCCUUCCUCCUCCUCCUGCUCUUCCUCCUCCUCCUCCUCUUCUUCAUCCUCCACCUCCUCCUCCCGCCGCUGCCCCGUCCGGGAUCUGGAGCGGGCGCGGGCGGCCGGGGCCGUGGGAGGAAGCGGCGGGCGUGGACACCAUGCUGCGGGAGGUGUCAGAGAAGUGCCGUGCCGCCCUGCGGAGCCUGGGGGGCAGCCCGGGGGGCAGCCCCACCGCCAAGCGCCCGCGCCCGGUCCCGCGCCUGCACGGCGCCUUCCGCGGGCUGCGCACCGGCCGCGCCGCCCCGCACCCGGGCGACGGGGGGCUGGAGGGGGGCGGCAGCCUGCGGGCGGCCCUGGGGGAGGCGGGCGGCAUCCGCACCCUGGCCUUCCCGCAGGGCAACGCCUUCACCCUCCGCACCGCCGCCGGCGGGUACCGCUUCCGCUGGGUGCCGCGCUGA